AAUUUGACCUCUCGCACAUUUUUAGUAGUUUCCAAAUAUAAGAAUUUAAAAUAUUUUUUAAGAGUUAAAUGCCUAACUUUUAUAAGCGAGCAGUAUUUAUAAGAAGCUUCUUCUCAGAAUUCAAAAUUCUUAUUUUUCGCAACAAUCUCACCAUGUCGUCGUCGUUUGUUACUCGCCGGAUUCUCACCGACGAAUUAUCGUCGCCGACAAUACACCGCCGUUAUUUUCCGGCAACAAAGCUUCCAGCUGGCAGUGUAAAUCUUCAUUCUACAAUCAAUACUCACCGGCUUCAGGUAACAACGAAGAGAUUUUACGCGGUAGAAUGUGCUGCCGUAUUCCGCCGCGUAGUCGACGUCGGCGGCGGAGGGAAAUUGAGGAAUAGGAGGUGUGCGGUGGGAGAUCAGGCGGUGGAGAUUGAUCAUGAUGAUGUAAAGGGAAGGAGUGUUGAUCGGACGGUGGAGGUUGCAGUUGCAGUGAUAGCAACGGUGGUACUAGGUGUAGGGAAUCGUGUGCUAUACAAGUUAGCGUUAGUGCCUUUGAAGAAUUAUCCCUUCUUCCUCGCUCAGCUCGCCACUUUCGGAUAUGUGCUCGUAUACUUCUCUAUCUUAUAUGUACGGUAUCAUACUGGCAAUGUUACUGAUGAAAUGCUUUCCCUUCCAAAGAUUCCAUUUGUUGCUGUUGGUCUAUUAGAGGCCCUUGCUGCUGCAUCCGGCAUGGCAGCUGGAGCUAUUCUUUCCGGGGCCACAAUUCCAAUACUCUCUCAGAGCUUUCUUGUCUGGCAACUUCUCCUUUCUUUUAUUUUCCUUGGGAGAAGAUAUCGCCUUAACCAGUUGUUUGGGUGCUUUCUCGUGGCUGUUGGUGUUAUAGUAACUGUAGCAAGUGGAUCUAGUGCUGGCUCUUUGAUGGAAGCUGGUGUAUUUUGGAGUCUUUUGAUGAUAGUUUCUUUUUUAUUCCAAGCUGCCGAUACUGUCUUGAAGGAAGUAAUAUUUCGGGAUGCUGCUAAAAGGUUGAAGGGAGGUAGUGUUGAUCUGUUUGUCGUGAACUCGUAUGGAUCAGCUUACCAGGCAGUUUUUAUAUGCCUUCUACUCCCAUUUUUGUCUAAGUUAUGGGGUGUUCCAUUUGCUCUACUGCCAAACUAUCUCAGAGAUGGUGCCGCAUGCUUUUUGAACAUUGGCACGUUAUCCGGUGUGUGUGAUGGCGCACCACUUUUUCCAUUACUGUUUAUCAUCGUCAACAUGGGCUACAAUAUAUCAUUGUUACAUCUGCUCAAGAUUUCCUCUGCUGUGGUAUCUUGUCUCGCCUCAACAGUUUCAGUACCUGUAUCAGUCUUUUUAUUCACAUUACCAUUACCAUACCUUGGUGUCGCGUCCUCUCUCCCUCCCGGUUUCAUUGCAGGAGCCAUCAUCCUCGUCCUGGGCAUGCUCAUCUAUACUUGGCGACCAUCUGGUCGCCUAAAAAAUCAGGAAGUUGAUUGUCACUGUUAACUUCCGGCCCCCUUGUCACAUUCGAUGGAGAAGAAGAUAACGACAACAUUCUCCAACAUCCACACGAACCUAACGAGGGAUCAAGACGUGCAUGGUGAACUGUGUUUUUAAGUUAUAACCUCUCAAACCUCUUAUCUCAAUCAUGAGCAAUCAACAGUGGAGGUUUGACAGGUUUAUUACACAAAUCCAUUGCUCUUUUUUAAAUGCAUGGAGUCUGUACCAUUCAUGUCCUUAGAGAUUUGUUCUAAUGCCAGAGUAAAGUUGGUGGUUGUAUAUCUUGCAGUGCAGAAGCAGGGGAGGAGGUAGAAGCUCAUAUAAGCAGUGGCGGAGCCAGGAUUUAUAUUAAGGGGGUUCAAAAAAAUAACUAAGCACGUCAACAAGACCUCAAAAAUAAGUGGGUCGGAUCAGAUAUAAGCGGGUAGAAUUUGAUUUGAGUGAGCUAGACAUAGUUUAACUUUACCUCAACAUGAACAACAAAAUGGAGGAAGUUAAACUUCUUUAUUUUGAUCGUGAAUUCAAACGUACAAUCUUUUAACUUUUUUAAAAA